AUGGCGGUUUCAGGCCAGCCGUUUCAGACUCAUGGCUUUGAGACGUCGGUCGACAUCGCCCGCAGACAGACGACGACGCUGUCUGGGGUGAAAAGACCCCGCGAGGGAGGCGACCACAGCGACGUCGACAGAGCCGACCUUGCCGACGAUGCCAUGCCCUCGACGUUCAGCAGGCAGGGCUUUGUGCGUGCGGCCUCCGCCAGUCACAGGCCCCGCAUCGCCGCUAGUCAGAUUCGCCCGGUCGCGGGUGCCGUUCCUGCGGGUCAGCUGCUGCCGCCUGAGCGCCUUCGCCCCGAACUGGAAACCGCCCCGUCCACCACUCAGAACCCGCUGCUGUCGCUGCGGCAUCCCAGGUAUGGCCUGCCUCCCGCCUUGGUCGCCAACUUCGCCGCGCUGGGCAUCGACAGUAUCUAUCCCUGGCAGGCGUCCUGUCUUCUGGGCCGUGGUCAUCUCUCCGGCGAGAAGAACCUCCUGUAUACCGCCCCCACCGGCGGCGGCAAGUCAUUGGUAGCCGAUGUGUUGAUGCUCAAAAGAGUCAUUGAGAACCCGCAGCGCAAGGCCAUCUUGGUCCUGCCCUACGUGGCCCUCGUCCAAGAGAAGCUCAAAUGGCUCCGCCGCGUCGUGCAAGAUGUGGAAAAGAACGUCGCUGACGACGACGAUGGGGACGAUGUCGCCCUGCCCAAACGGCGACGGAGGCAGCUGCAGAAGUCAGUUCGCGUAACCGGUUUUUUGGUGGCAGCAAAUGCACUGAUCAACGCUGCCGUCGAGGAGUGCAACAUCGAUGACCUCGCCAUCGUCGUCGUGGACGAAAUCCAUAUGCUCGACGACGACAGUCGUGGCUACCUCCUGGAACUGAUGAUUACCAAGUUGCUCCUCCUGCAACAAGAUAUCCAGAUUGUUGGCAUGAGUGCAACGCUUUCUGUAGGCCUUUCGGCGCUGACUUGGCGUCAGAAUGCCGAACUGCUUGCAAAAUGGCUGCGUGCGAAUUACUACGUUUCCAACCAUCGUCCCGUGCCGGUCGAGGAGUAUUUGGUGUACGAAAAUGCGAUAUAUCCCGCGGCCAAUUCGAAAGAAUUUUUUCGGACCGCGUCUCAGUUAAAUUCCACUUCCUUGCAGGAAUCGGUGACUCCCCAUCGAACCAUCGAGCCGUCUCCGUUCAGAGAAUUGGCGAACGCGACGAAUAAUGCGAUGGUCGCUCUGGCCGUCGAGACCGCGACGGCGGGAUACGGCGCGUUGGUCUUUUGCGGCAGCCGGCAGUUGUGCCAGAUGAACGCCGUUCUCAUCAGCGAAGCGAUGCCCGAUCCGUCUUCAUUGGAACCGGAUGUUUUGGAGAAGAGGCUCGACCUCCUAGCUGACCUGCAAAGCUUACCCUGUGGCCUGGACCCCGUAUUCCAGAAGACCAUUCUUGCAGGAGUUGCUUUUCAUCAUGCUGGAUUGACCACCGAGGAACGGGAUCUGGUCGCGGAAGCCUACGAUCGAGGUGUCAUCAAAGUCAUCGUGGCAACUUGUAGCCUGGCGGCGGGCGUUAACCUUCCCGCGAGAAGGGUUAUCAUGCAGGGUGCUCGAAUGGGCCGCGACUUGGUUGGGCCGGCUCUCCUACGGCAGAUGCGUGGUCGAGCCGGGCGCAAAGGCAAGGAUACCGUUGGCGAGACAUACCUCAUCUGUCAAAAAUCCGACUUGGAGGCCGUCUCGGAGAUCUGGGAAGCGGAGACGCCGGCCAUCGAGAGCUGUCUCGCUCGGGAUAAGAAAGGGGUCAAGAGGGCGCUUUUGGAAGCUAUUGCCACGCGGCUGGUUUCCGGUCGCGAAGCCAUCCAGGAAUAUAUGGAGUGUACCCUCCUUUACCGGACUCGGGACAAGGCGGAAAUUUUGGACCUGAUCGAGUCGUCGCUUGGGGAACUGGUGGAGGAAGAGCUGGUGCGUCUACGAGACGAUGGGUCGUACGAACCGACUCGACUGGGACAAGCUAUUGUGGCGUCAUCGUUUGCUCCCGACGACGGCCUCUUUGUCUAUGACGAACUCAGGCGGGCCCUGCAGGCAUUCGUCAUGGAUGGGGAAAUGCAUAUUUUCUACAUGUUUACGCCGCUUCAGGUUGCGAUGAACACGACCAUCGACUGGCCCACUUUCCGGGAUCAGCUGGACGCUCUGGAUGAGAGUGGCCUGCGAGCGUUGCAAUUUGUUGGAGUGCAGCCUGGGGUGCAGACCGGAGGCUCGCUCAAAGAAAAUACCCCGGCGCAGAUUAACCUGGCCCGCAUCUACCGUCGUGCGUACACGGCCUUUCAGCUUCGGGACUUGAGCAACGAAGUUCCGUUGUCGACGAUCGCCCAGCGAUACCACACCCCACGCGGGGUCGUGCAGAAUCUGGCGCAGACCUGCCACGGGUUCGCGGCCGGGAUGGUCAAGUUCUGCCAGCGGAUGGGGUGGGGGAUGCUGGCGGUCGUGCUCGACCACAUGAGGGAUCGGCUGCAAGCGGGGGCGAGGGAUGAUCUGCUGGAGAUGGCUCAGGUAGCUUAUGUGAAGAGCUGGACGGCGCGCCUGCUGUGGGAAAACGGAUUUCGCAGCGUGAGGGCUCUGGCGGAGGCAGAUCCUAAGGACCUCGUUCCGGUUUUGAUGAUGGUGAGUUUCGGAACCCACGCCGGCGUGGCUCGCAUCCUUGCUCACCACGACCAGGCGCGCCCUCGGAAAGCACAGGUGUAUCAGAAUGACGAAAAAGAGGCGGAGCGGGAGGCAGCGAAACUGUUGGCCAAAGCGGAAGUUAUCGUUGGAUCCGCAAACAAAAUUUAUGGUAUUCUGCCUCCUCCUCCUCCUCUGUGUUGGAUACAUGAUGCUGACAAUCUUGCAGAACGUCAAAUGCAAGUAGAAAUAGAGGAGUGA